AUGAGCAAGUGCGGCAGCGGCGGCAGCUCUAAAGGCGGCGGAAGCAAAUCCAAGAGCAAAGGAGGCAGAGGCGAUGCCCUUCACAAGAAGGUCGCGCUGCAGACGAACGACGUGAAGGAGCACCUGUCGAUCCUGCGCUCCGCGCUUCGCGACGAGCUCGGGAACGACCGCGACGUCCUCGCCGGGUUCGGCCCGUUCACGAAGUUCGACAGGAACGGCCUCGAGCUGGACGUCUCGUUCAGGACCGGGACGUCGAUAUCGGACGACGAGCUCGAGUGGGCGCACGCGCUCGUGACGUCGAACCUCGCCGCGCGCGGGCAAGAGAUGGACGCGCAGGCGCUGAUGGACGACCUGUGCGACCCGUCCUCGCGGUACUACCUCGUCACCGAACGCGCGGUCGCCUCCGAGAAGACGACGAAGACGGGUAAGAAGAAGAAAUCCGCCGCCGCGGGGAAGCCCGUCGCGUUCGCGCACUUCCGCUUCACGGUGCAAGGCGAGGUCCGAGACGCGAUGGCGGGCGAACCCGUGCUCUUGCUGAGAGACCUGCACGUCGUCGAGGCGUGUCGACGGCGAGGCGUGGGAAAACACCUGUGCUCCGUGCUCGAGCUGACCGCGCGGAAGAACGCGAUGCGCGGGGUGAUGAUCCUCGCCCCCGUCGGCGAGGCCGGCGUUGCCGCGCGAGCGUUCAUCGACGCGAAGCUCAGAGGGUUCGAGCGCGCGGACGCGGAGUGGACGCCCUCGGCGAGGAACCUCUCCGCGUUUGCAAAGUCGCUCGUCGCGGCGAAACCGGCGGCGGUCGCGGCGAAGGCGGACGCGCCGACGACCGCGGGGAGCCCGGACAGCAUUUUGAAGGGCCCCGACGCGACGGAGGCGACGAAGGAGAACGCCGCGCCCGAGGCGGCGGCGAAGUUGGAGACCGCGUUCGAGAAGACGACGCUGGAGGAGCCGGCGCCGCCGCCCGCGCCAGCGCCCGCGCCCGCGCCCGCGCCGGCGCUCUUCGGCGACUUCGCCGCCGCUCCGGUCGCGGACGUCGUCGCCGCGAAGCCGUCGUUGUCGUUCGCGGAUUUCGGGACGUCCGCGCCGGAGGAGGACGCGUCCGAGGACGAAGACGACGACGACGAGGAGGACGACGACGAGGACGGGGACGGGGACUGGCAGGAAGUAGACGCGGAGGACGGCGACGAAAAGGAUGACGACGAGGCGGACGACAUCCUGUCGCAGCUCGUCGAGCUGUUCAAGACGGAGAACGGGCGGGACCCGACGGAGGAGGAGAUGGCGCAGUGGGUCGAGACUUUGAAGGCGGCGUCCGAGGAAGGCGGGUUACAGGUGUGA